UUUGUCUCUUCCCUCCAAAGCAUAAUAACCACUUUCUUAAAAUGACCAGCACAAUAGUUAGUCUUAUCUCAAUACUCGUAUUUUGCAUUACAAUAUCAAAAGGGAGAAAAACACUUAACACAACCCAUGAAUUAUCAACGUCCUCCCUCAUUACAAACAUUAAUGGUAUCUGCAAGACUAUGGUAGAAACACAAGGUUACACAUGUGAAGAACAUAAGGUAACAACAGAAGAUGGCUACAUCCUAAGUCUGCAGAGAAUAUCGGCAAGACAGUCCGAUAAGAAAGCAGACAAGCCGCCUGUGCUAAUACAACACGGUAUCUUUUGUGAUGCUAGAAUAUGGUUGUUCAAUUCACCAGAAGAAUCGUUGGGAUUUAUCUUAGCCGACAAUGGAGUUGAUGUGUGGCUUGUCAAUGGUCGUGGCACAAAAUAUAGCACCAUGCAUACAUCGCUAACUCCUGAUGACAUGGCUUACUGGGAUUGGUCAUGGGAUGAAUUGGCUAAUUAUGAUCUUCCUGCUUCAGUCCAAUAUGUUUACAACCAUACUGGUAAAAAAAUCCACUAUGCAAGUCAUUCUCAGGGAACUUUGAUGGCUUUUGUUAAUUUAUCUCAAGGGAAGCUUUUGAAUAUGUUGAGAUCAGCUGCAUUACUCAGUCCAAUUGCGUAUAUGAAUCCAAAUCCUUCAAAGGAAAUAAGUCUUGUUGUUGGCCUCUUUUUAACCAAUGAAGUAUAUUGGUCAAGCCUUUAUCAGUUCAUUCCUAACGUGGAUGUUAUAACAAAAUUUGUGAAUGAAAUAUGUAACACUCUAAACCUCGACCUCACCAACCUUUUGACAUUGUUUACAGGUCCGAAUUGUUGCUUAAAUUCUUCUAGAAUGGAUGUCUAUCUUGAUCAUGUACCACAACCAACGUCAACUAAGAAUUUGAUCCAUUUCUCUCAAAUGACGAGAACAGGAAAAAUCACAAAGUAUGAUUAUGUUCAUCAAGCACAAAAUCUACUACACUAUGGACAUCGAACUCCUCCAACUUAUGACUUGACCAAAAUCCCUACCGAGUUCCCUCUUUUUCUAGGUGUUGGAGGGCAAGAUAUGUUAUCUGACGUACAGGAUGUGAAUCUUUUGCUUAAUGACCUCAAGGAUCAUGAUUCUAACAAGCUAGUGGUGUCGUUGAACGAUAAUUAUGCACAUUUAGAUUUCAUUGCGGCUAUCAAUGCUAAACAACUCAUUUAUGAUCCUAUGAUAGCUUUUUUCAAUGCUCAUUAA